GAUUCUUCUGUGUGCCCUGACCAGGGAUCAAACUCUCGCAGCCUUGGCAUUUGGGGACAACACUCUAACAAACUACCUAGCCAGGGCCUGGUCUUCAUUAUUUAAGAGUUUGGUAUCCCUGCCCUAGCCAAUUUGGCUCAGUGGUUAGAGCUUCGGCCUGUGGACUGUAGGGUCCUGGGUUUGGUUACAGUCAAGGGCAUGUCAAUCAGAAGAGUUGUUUUCAGAAUAAAGUAGAUAACCUGCUGGUUUAGUCUCUGGUGGUAAGACCUAAGGGCCUGCCUUUCUAAUCAGCUUCUCAAAUGAUUAUUGGUGUAGUACAGGCUCUCAAAUUCUAGCAUGCAUCAGAAUCAUCUGAGGGGGCUUGUUAAAACACAUUGCUGGGCCCAACUCCAGUUUGUGAUUCAGUGAGUCUAACUCUAGAUCUGACAAUUUGUAUUCUCAACAAGUUCCUAGGUAAUGCUAAUGCUGCUAGCCUGGAGGCCAUACUUUGAGGACCAUUGGUGUAAUAUAUAUGAUGCCACUUUGACUAGCUUAAUAAAAAUGAGAAAAGGGGUAAUGGUAAUAUUUGUUGAACAUUUGUUAUGUACCAGGCACUAUUACAUGUGCUUUACAUAUAUUACAUCAUUUAAUUCUCUCUGAUUCUAUGGAAUUAAUGUUGUUAUCAUUAUCCCCAUUUUAUAGAGAGAGAGAGGGAGUCACAGAGACGACCUUCAGUAACUUGCCCGAAGUCAUUUGGCUAAUAGGUAGUAGAACUAUUCAAACCCAGAGACUCUAGUUCCAGGGCUUACUCUCUAAAACUUUAUUCUGAUAAAAGAUAUAACCUGAUGAUUGAGCAGCCCUCUCUUAAAAACAAUUUUUCCUAAUUUAAAUGUGUUUAGUAUUCUUAUGUGCACCUCACAUCAAAGGCUGGAGAAGCAGGUUUAUCUGGGUCUCUGAGUGCAAGGGAAGCCCAGUUCAACAUGUUCCAGCCUGGUGUGCCACAACCUUGUGUUCAACUAGGCUUUUGUAGACUUGAUCUUCAAAUAUCUUUUUGUUGUUGUUGAGUUUUUUAGAUGACUUUUUAAAUAUUUAAAUGAAAUAUUGUAUUUGUCUCCUACCAUCAAGUUCUUAAGUAAAACAUGACAUUACAGGUUUUUCCUCCUUCACAGAGUCUUCUGGGCCAUUAUGGCUGUCAAAUGGACUAGUGGACAUUGUUCUCCUAUUCUCUGCCUAAAUGCAAGUUCAGAAGGGCUAGUGGCUUCUGGAGCAGAGGGUGGAGAUCUUAUAGCUUGGGGUGAAGAUGGGACUCCAGUGGGACACACACGCUUUCAAGGGUCCGACGACGUUACCAGCGUCUUGUUUUCUCCCUCCUGCCCCACCAAGCUCUAUGCCUCCCAUGGAGAAACCAUUAGCAUACUGGAUGUCAGAUCCCUCAAAGGUUCCUUGGACUAUUUUCAUGUGAAUGAAGAAGAAAUCAAUUGCCUUUCAUUGAAUGAAACUGAAAACCUUCUGGCUUCUGCUGAUGACUCUGGGGCAAUCAAAAUCCUAGACUUGGAAAAUAAGAAAGUCAGCAGAUCACUGAAGAGACAUUCCAAUAUCUGUUCUUCUGUAGCUUUUCGGCCUCAAAGACCUCAGAGCCUGGUGUCAUGUGGACUGGAUAUGCAGGUGAUGCUGUGGAACCUUCAGAAAGCCCGGCCACUCUGGAUUACAAAUUUACAGGAGGAUGAAACAGAAGAAGUGGAGAGCCCACAGUCACCUGGUCAGCUUUUAAACCCUGCGUUAGCCUAUUCUCUGUCUGUGGCAUCCUGUGGCAAUAUUUUUAGUUGUGGUGCAGAAGAUGAGUAGACCAUAAACUCCAAGCUUUAGAAGCACAGUUUAAAGAACUGGACUUCACCAAGGAUAAUCUCACACAGAAAUUUGAACAUC